GGGAGUAGGCUAAACGUGGAAAUCUAAAUCUGAAGUGAUGGAUGUGCUGUUUACUUUUAUGCUUCGCUCUCAAUCACGUCCGCGCGGAUCCUUUCAGAGAAUCUGUAUUUAGUGCUUGCAAAGAGCUGAUCUGACGUCAGGCUUCGACUCACGUAGCUAGCAGCAGACUGGUCCCUAAACACCCGCCCACAUUCACCUCUAAACACAAAGCAGUCCUUUUCUCUGUCUAAAUAUCUGCUGGUCUUCGAGUCAUCGAGAAGCUGAAGCGAAGCACACGUACCUCAAGCAAACUGGAAAUCUAACGCAGUCGAGUGCAGUCGUGCAGGUGUUCUGCUGUCGGACCAUGGAUGCGCGGAGAGAGCUCUUCCAUUACACAGACGCCGUCGAGCAGAUCUGAAAGGCAUCGGCCGAGAUGCACCGUAGCUGCUGUCACCAAGCGCCGAUCUAUAGUGAUACCGGCCGGGUUUUAUCAUGGUUUUCAGACGGUCAGCUCGGAGAAUGCGGUGGCUGGGAUGUUAUCGGUUGGGGCCCGUAUGGAAAGCACUUCUGAUAUUUGUUGUCAUCGCUUUUGCGGGACAACUUCUGGGAGUCAUCUUCAACAAGAGCUGGAUGCAGCCAGAGAGACCUCACUCCAUCUACUCUUUUCCCUCUGAGAAUUCCCAAGGGGACUCUCUGGGGUCUUGCCAGCCACACACCCACAUCAUGUUCCUGAAGACUCAUAAGACGGCAAGCAGCACCGUUCUCAAUUUGCUCUAUCGCUUUGGAGAGGAGCGGGGCCUUAAAUUUGCCCUACCUGUGGGGUACCAAUUUGGCUACCCACUGCCAUUUAUCGCUCAGAGGGUGAAAGGAUACAGAGGCCCUCAUGUGGCAGAAUUUGACAUUAUGGGAAAUCAUAUGCGGUUCAACAGACCAGAGGUUGAGAAGGUCAUGCCAGCUGACACCUUCUAUUUCUCUAUCCUUCGAGACCCUGUGGCGCUAGCUGAAUCCUCCUAUGCCUACUAUAAAAAUGUUGCUCCUUCCUUCAGGCGUGCCAAAGGACUGGCUGAUUUUGCAGACAACCCCUAUAAGUACUAUGACCCCAGAGUCCGAAACAACCAUUAUGCCCGCAACCUGAUGUGGUUUGAUUUUGGUCUGGAUCAUACCUCCAACUUCAGCUUUGCGCUGGCCAAGCGCGGUGUGGCCGCAGUGCGUCGGAACUUCAAGCUCAUCCUUAUCUCAGAGUACUUCGAUCAAUCUAUGGUGCUGCUCCGUCACGCUCUUUGCUGGCCUCUAGAUGCUGUGGUUUCUUUUAGCCUGAACGCCAGGCAGCAGAUGCCCAGUGGAAGAUCAGGAUGGGUGGGCAAGGCUGCAGCUCCAGCUCCUUUGGCAUUAACAGACAAGCAAAGAUUGAAAUUACGUGAAUGGAAUGCACUCGACUGGCACCUUUACCAAGCUUUUAAUCUCACUUUCUGGCAGGAUGUAGAGCGCUUCGGGCGUAGUAGGAUGGAGUCUGAGGUGGCCCUGCUUAGGACCAAACGGGAGGUUCUCACUCGCAUCUGCUUGCGUGAUGGCGGCCGCCCCAUAGAGGCCAGCCGCAUCCGGGACAAGACCAUCCGUCCUUUCCAGAGUGGAUUAGUGAAGAUCUUGGGUUACGAGUUGCAGUCGGGACUAGACAACGCCACGUGGGAAGCUUGCCUACGCAUGAUCAGGCCUGAAAUCCAAUACAAAGACUUGCUGGAUCUUCGGCAGUUCCCUCGAGCCCAACAACCCCAAGCUGCUGGAGGGCUUCCAGUAAAGAGGGAGCCCUCAGUACUCAGGAAUGAAGACCGUGGGGGAAAGAGGUUGGUGGAAAAGGAUUGGGAUGGGACCAUUCUAUUUCGGAAUCAAUCAUUAGAGCAGAUUGAUUCAAAAGUAAGACUUAGAUAGUAAGCUAGUUGCACCUUUUUGCCUCAAGGUCAGUAGUUCUGACCCAUUUUGGCUCAACGGGCCUCUGUGCUGCACUACUAGAGGAGAAGGGAUAUCAAGACACACAACACACUACUUUGUCAUCUACUCUUCCUUCCUCCAUCUUGCCCUUCUGCACUCUUAUUUUACACAACACAGAGUUCCAGAGUGAAGAAGAGGUCUGUGAGAACAUUGCAAUGGUUGGGGUGAUAUAAUGUUUCAAGCAUGCCGUAUGGAAGCUAAAUGCACAAACUCACUAAAUGGAGGAGAAGUGAGAAAAUGCUGCUUCCCUGUGCAUGAUGAGUCAUGGUAUAUUACAAAAAAACUUAGCAGUGCACAUUAUGUAAGUGAUUGCAGUGUGUCAGACAUACUGCUAAAAGCCUACUUUUAAAUAGGUAACGUGUAUUUGGUACGUUAGCCUUCAAAAGUUUGGGGUCAAUAAAAUUCUUUUUGAAAGAGCUUAAUAAUUUCAUUCAGCAGGGAUGCAUGAAAUUAAUAUGUAACAGUAAAGACAUUCAUUAUGAUAUAAAAGAUUUCCAUUUCAAAUCAAAUAUGUUCUUUUGAAUUCAAAGAAUCUUGAAAAAAUGUUCAUAUGAAAUUGAAAACUGGAGCAAUAACUAAUGAAAGCUCAGCUUUGCCAUUUCAGGUAUUAAUUACAUUAUAAAAUAUAUUACAAUAGAAAGCAGUUAUAUUACAUUGUAAUAAUACUUCUCAUAAACUGUAUUUUUGAUUAAAUAAAUGCAUCCUUUGUCAAAAAAAGACAUUAAAAAAGUAUUGAAAAAUCCCAAACUUCUAAAUGGUACUGCGGGUGUACCCCCAGUGUCACUACCAAAAAAGUUAGACUUGUGCAUCCAAUGAAAUAACAGUUUGAUACUGGAAAUGCUGAUUUCUUAUUUGAUUAUAGUAAUAAGACACAAUGGAUAUCCAUUUGCUGCAUGAUGAAAUUCAACGAAAGUGCAACCACAGACCCUUCAUUGUCUGGCACACAAGAUUCAAACAGUGGUACUGUUCAGAGUUGCUGGAAUUUAGUUUUAUAUCCAUUUAUUUGGGUAACAGGAAUCUUGAAAGUGUUUUUUUUUUAAGAGGAAUUCAUUGUAGUUUUUUUUUCUAUGCCACAUGCAUUUUUUGUGACACAUUAUAAGCUAAUACGACUCCCAUGGUUCUGUGAGAACAUCUCCAGUUUUUAACACUGUGAAAUAUUAUGACCAUUCAUAAAGGGCAAAAUGGGCUGUAGAUUUGUAUUUACCUUAAGUGAUUGGCCAUUGCACUUAUAAAACCUAUAACAGUCUGUUUACUUAUCGAUGUUUGCUAGAGGUUGAUAUUUUAGCUUUUUAUUUUGAAGUUUUGAAUAAAUAUAAAAUCUAAAAAAAUAAUAAUAAUAAAAAAAUAAAAUAAAAAAAACAAUAGAUGGUGAAUGUUCAUUGGCAUGGUAAAUGCUGUAAUUUCUGAGGCCUGUCAUAGACGUUUUACUGAUCAAAACACCACCUGAAAUUCCAAAACUCUGGUUAUUUUGCCUUAAAGUUAGUACCUAUGUGAAGCAGUGCUUUCCUAUCAGAGCUUGCUGUAUUUAUUAUGCUUUUGUAUAAAUUUCUCUGUGUAUCUUCUGCAUUUAUACUCUCAGAACGUUUUUUCCUCUUAUUGUGAGUGCUGAGAUAACAUAGUGUAGAAAUUUGACUGGAAUGCACUGUGCAAAUCGCCCCAUGUUUGAACAACCAGCUUUUUGUAUGCAGAUUUCAAUGCACAGAGCAAGAUGACAUCUAACAUUACCAAUGAAUUUAUUUCCUUUGGUCUAAGGCAGAUGGUAUUGAAAUGAAGAAAACACUAGUUUGGACACUGUGGCGUGCCUAUUCAUGUGCAUUGUUUAUUGUAUAGUUAGAAUUUAUAUGCAUGGCUAUAGUUAGCAAUCAUUUCCUUGUGUAAUUGAUAAACAACUGCGUAAUUUGACUUGCAUUUUAAUACUCCAUUGCAUUCUAGUUUGGAUGGUACUAUUGCCAGUUAAUUAGAAGUUAAUUAAGUCUUUAUCUUUCACUUUUUUCUGUUCACAUUGGCUUCUGUGUUUCCAGCUCUUAUGAAUUGGUUAUCGAUGGAGCUAAAAUAAAAUAAUAAUAAUAAUAAGAAGAAAAUAAAAACAGUUAAAUUAUUUAAAUUCAGAUUUUAAAUAACAACUAUGAAAUUUAGUUUUCAGUGAAUAUGAAGGAAAUUAUUUUUUAAAUAAUAUUUUAAAGUCAAUGAUUCAAGACAAUGGUUCAUUUUGAUCUUACCUUUUUCUCUUUAUAAACAGUACUUUUGGCAGAUUUAAUGUUUAUUCCAUUAAAAAGAAAACAAUAAUGCUAUAACUGUGAACCCGUGUUUGAAGAAAUUGACAGUAAACUGAAUUUAAGCAUUGAUUUCCUGUUAACCUUGAGAUGUAUAGAUUUUACAUUCGUUCAUCUCAUUUUAGAGAAAGCUCUAAUGAGUCUGGCAAUAUUGUGCUGUAAUACCUGCGUGUCAUACAAAUCAAUUGGUUCAGUGUCUUCAUGACUCCUUAGAUAGAUUAACUGUGGUACUGCAAUUUAAAGAUAAACCAAAGAGGUACUGAUGUUUCUUGAAAUCUUGAUAUAUGAACAAUUGGCACAUUUUUUCCUUACAUUUGUUUACCAGAAAAUUAAUUCAGAUGGAGUGUAAAGGUGCAAAUGCAGCUUACGGUCUGCGUCAAUGAUCAUCUCAUAAGGGAGGGAAAAGAAAUGGUUGGUAGUUUAAUUAAAAGUGUGCUCUCCAAAUGAGAAGAAUGCAACAGUUCUCUUACAACACUAUCUGUAGUCAGUAUCAGUCAGUUUUAUUUAAGCAGGAUAGUUAAAAUCAUUUACAUUCAUUCUCUUCUGCACUGUUAAGACUAUAAUGCGAUUCAUGUGGUGUUUAUGUUACGUUUUUUUUUUUCAAACCUUUUUACCAUAUUUAUUAUUUUUCUCUGUUACUUGAAUAUAUGGAGAAACCUCUGUAGAUGUUUGAUGAACUUGAUUAUGUUUACUUGUAUGUAGAUGAACUUGAUUUCGGUUUACUUGUAUGUAGUAAAAUAAAGCUUUUACAUGUGAUGAA